GGUGAAAUAGCGACCGAUGUUGGAGAGGCUUGCAAGAUGCAAACAUUCGAAGUUACAAUCCGUGGGGUUACGGUACACUUCCCACACAAGCCUUAUGGUUGCCAAAUGUCAAUGAUGACUAGAGUCAUCGAAUCAUUGGAAAACAAACAAAAUUGUCUUUUGGAAUCUCCCACAGGCACGGGGAAAACACUUUCUCUAUUGUGUGCCUCUCUAAGUUGGUUGGAGAAAAGAAAAAGUGAUAGCAAAAAUGUGUGCAUCAGUUCCAAAUUGGAUAGUGAAAGUCACGAUGACAUUACAGAUAUGAUAUCGUCAGAAGACAAAAAAUCUACACCUGGAAAUCCGAAAAUUUAUUAUUGUACGAGAACGCAUAAACAAAUAUCACAAGUCGUUAGGGAAUUAAGAAAAACAAAAUAUAAAAAUACAAAAAUGUCUAUUUUGAGUAGUCGUAAGCAUACAUGCAUUAAUCCUGAAAUUUCAUCAAGUCCAAACGUCACGGAUUCAUGUCAUAAUUUACUUUUGUCUGGUGUGUGUGCUUAUGAUUUGCCACGGAAAAAGUCUGACCUAUCACGUGCUGUUGACAAAUUAGACCGCUCAGGACCAUGGGAUAUAGAAGAUUUAGUACAAGCUCUUAUUCCAAUUCCUAGUUGUCCAUAUUUUUGUUCACGUUCAUUAGCCAGAUCUGCAGAUAUCAUAUUCUGUCCAUAUGAUUAUCUUCUGGACCCUCUAAAUCGCUCUGCUACUUCUCUUGAAGUUACCGAUCAUGUUAUUAUCUUGGAUGAAGCACAUAAUAUAGAGGAUGCCUCACGUGAAGCUGCUUCAUUUACUAUUACUGAGCAUCAGUUAAAAAGUGCCAGAGACGACUUGGAAGGAUUAAGAAUAGUUGGAUUCGAACCAGAGGCUUGUUCAACGUUAAUUGCUAUGGUUGAUGGAAUAUUACGUGUUAUGCAGUUAACAUUAUCACGCCUUGUUCGAGCCGGUGAAACAACACAACCAACACAAGUAUGGACUGGGCGAGAAAUUUGUGGACUGAUGUCAACUGUAGGUCUUGGACCAGAACAAAUUAUCGAACAAAGUAGUGCUUAUCAAAAGUUAUCUGCAUCUAUUAUGGAUAAUGAGAAUUAUGAAGAUUGGUAUCGAAAUAGAAAUCGUGAUAAUCUCAGUAAUAAUCAAUUUCAACAUAAACCAACUCAUCGGACGUUACAUUUUUUCAAUGCUUUGUUCACUGUGUUAAGCUAUAUGUUCAGGGACAAUAUGUGCCAUUUGUCAGAUUAUCGCGUUGUUCUUGUCGAAACAGUGGGAUAUGAGAAGCAACUGACUAAAGAAUCAAUUACAGAUCAUAACAAGUCCACUGAAUCGAAAAUUGAUGCAUGGAUUACCAAGAAACAUUUGAAACCUCGUUUUGUGGAAAACAAAGAAUUAUCCUUAAAUUUCUGGUGUUUAAAUCCAUCUGUAGUGUUUUCACAGUUAGCAUCAAUGGCGCAUUGUGUAAUCCUAAUGAGCGGUACUCUAUCACCAUUGGAUUCACUUGAAGCUGAACUAAAUGUACAAUUUCCAUUACGUUUAGAAGCAAAUCACGUCAUUUCAAAUAGUCGUCUGUUAGUAACAACAUUAUCACACGGUCCAAACGGUACACGACUUUGUGCUACCUAUCAGCACCAGAAUACCUAUACAUUUCAAGAUGAGAUUGGUGCGGUUGUUGUCAAUGCGUGUCGUUUAGUACCUGGUGGUGUAUUGUGUUUUCUACCAUCCUAUAGUCUAUUGGAUAAGCUAAUACAAAGAUGGGAGUUAACUGGAUUGCUGAAUAAUUUAAAUAUGAUAAAACAUGUUAUGAUUGAACCGAGAUCAUCUGUUGGUUUAGAUGAUUGGCUUGAAGAGUUUUAUACUUCAGUAAAUCAAAAUGUUCCAAAUGCCAAAUUGAAGUCAAGACGAAAAUCAAUUGAUCAGGCUAAUAAUAAUGAAUCACCAUCACUGAAUGGAAAAUCUCUUAUGUUAAAUAAAUCAGGAUCAAUUAUAUUUGCAGUUUGUCGUGGUAAAGUUAGUGAAGGCUUGGAUUUUGCUGAUUCUUAUGCACGUUUAGUAAUUGCCAUUGGAAUUCCUUAUCCAGCAUUCACAAAUCCUCAGGUCCAACAAAAACGUGAAUUUAACGAUGCGCUUUAUAAAUCCUCAGCCAAAAUGGCCUGUACAGAUAAGCAUAUACGAUCACCAUUACAAAAUCUUAAUUCAUCUGUGGAAAAAUAUGAUACAAAUGAUGAUAUAACUUCUUCCACCUCUAAUGUCUCUUCUCCAAGACGUAGAAAAGUACUCAGUGGAUCAGAAUGGUAUGAUGCUCAAGCCUAUAGAGCAUUAAAUCAAGCAUUAGGACGUUGUAUUCGACAUGCAAAUGAUUGGGGUUCUAUUUUAUUGGCUGAUGCACGUUUUGUGGAACAAUCAUCUCGUUAUAUGUGUGGUAUAAGUCGUUGGAUCCGAUCUAGAGUCAAUCAUCAUUGUUCAUGGGAAAGUUUAGAAUGUCAACUUCAAUCAUUUGUUAAAUCACAUGAAACUGAAGAGAAAGUCGAGAGGCAAGUGGAAGAUCUAGAUGAAAUUUUCGCUUAACUAGUUGACAUGAAUAUAUAUAUAAAUAUCGCUUUCAUAGAUGUUAUAAGAAAUUCACUAUUUGUAUUCUACCUAAAUUUAUGCAUUUCCAGUAUUGCUCAACUCUUCAACAUUCAUCUUCAUGAUUAUUGUACCGAAAAACCGAUAUUUAUUGUUUUACAAAAGUGAAGUUUUGUAUGUAUGAAUUAGGAUUAUCAUAAUGUACGCACUAGUUUCGUAGAUAUUAAGUGUUUUUAAUGAAAGUGGAAUGAAAACUGUCC